AUCAUUUGGUCAGUAUAUAUAUAUAUAUCUUAAUAUAUUUUUUUUUACAUUAUAUAUUAAUAAUUGUUUGAUAAUAUAUGAACUGUCAUAUAAAAGAUAUCACGCUUGGAGGAUUUAUCCCUUAAAUAGUUGAUAAUAAUUUUUAGAUUCUUUUCCUCAUAGAUAAAAGGGAAAAUAUAAUAAAGAUUAUAAUCUAGAUGAAUUAAAUAUUUUCCACAGUAUGUAUAUAUAUAUAUAUAUAUUAUGUUCAUGACUUUCAUAUACUUCUCUCGUAUAUUAUUUACUCAACUAUAUGGCACAGAGGUUUGGCACGUAACAUAUCUUCAAAUGUUUUGUUGUUGCAGUAGUAAAUCAAAGGAGGAAGAAGAAGAAGUGCCGGCAGGACAAGUCGUGAAGAAGACAUUUAAGAAACUAUGCGUUUUGGUCGUUGAUGAUGAUCGAUCGUGCCGUUCACUGUACAUGGGAUUCAUCCAAAUGCGUGGAGGAUUUCCUUACAUGGCGGAAAAUGGUGAGGAGGCAGUGAACCUCUACCGCGAUGGCCAAACCUUCAACCUUAUCCUCAUGGAUAAUGAAAUGCCUGUGAUGGAUGGAGUUUCGGCAACCAAGGAUCGUGGGAUUGACGUCACAUGAGGACGAGAAUAGUGGAUUUAUGGAAGCUGGAGCUGACCAUUGCUUGGCCAAGCCCAUAACAUUUGAGAAUAUCUACUUGCUCAUCGAGCAGCUAAAAGACGAAUGAUAAUGACGCGCGACUAUAUAUUUAUCCAUUUUUUUUGUUCUCACUAAAAUAAACCAAAUACUAUCAGGCUUCAAGAACAUAUUUUAAAUAUAUCGUAUAUGUUAUAUAUAGUUUCGUGAAAAUGUAACAAUGAACAGAUAAAAAGCAUUUGUCUAAUAAUGGCAUACAUAUUUUUCAAUUUCUCUAUAUUAUUUGUGAUAUAUUCGCUACAAUAAUUCGAGUGGUAGCUAAUAAUUGUUGGUACAAAAUGGCAACUAAACAGCAUUUAAGCAUAAAUAUGCGAGCGUCGAAUGUUAUAAGAUUGGUUUGUAGCCUUAGAGGUUAACAAGGAAUGUUAGUAUAUUCGUUAGAUUAGAACGCACUUAG